AUGCUUAUGCAACCCGAGUGGAAGAAGUUCUGCAGAGCUAGCGCGGAUGGCUUCUAGGAUGGGGGGCUUGGGAGGGGGGGGGGACUGUGGGGUAUUUCCAAUGAGGAAUUUGAGCUCCAUGCCUGUUAUGAUUGAAGAGGUGUUGUCUGUUUGGAGGGCGUCUGCGGUUUGGAGUAUUUCUAGGAGGGAUAAGGAGGAGGCUGAAUCCGGAUUGAUUGUGUUGCCGGAGGUAUGGGACGAGUGGGAAUCGGGUUACGUUUCCCGCCCAAACAUGGUAGAGAUUGCUGGUCUUGGGCCCACAGGUCAGAUGCCUACCGGGGACAUACAGCAAGGACACGAUCCGGAUGACAAAAUUGAUGCAAUAUCUACAACAGGCCCCAGCAGUGCCCAGGGCCUAGGAGCAACCAAACUUAAGAACAGAGGAAUAACCUAG